UUAAAUCUAUUGUUUUUCUGGUAUUUGCAAGUCUACAACAUUCUGCCAUAAGGGAUAUUCAGUGAGUCAUUUGCAGCCUCAGACAAGUCCUAGUAGGCCUACAUCUCACUGAUAAUGAUCAGAUGUUUUUCAUCUGAAUCAACUUUUUGGCAUUUUCACACCUUUCCAAGUCUCUCCAUUGUCUUCCAUUUCCUGUUAGAUUUCAAGACCACCCUGGGUGUUUGUGUAGAAAAAACAUUUGGUUACCUUCCCCUUGUCUUGCUUCUCCAGAUCCAGAUCACCAACUUAUUUAUCUUCGUUCCUCAGUGGUGGAAUCAACUCCCAACGCCUGUUAGAACAGUGAACAAUCCAACCACAUAUUUAAAAAAAGCCUCAGAAGAUAUUCAGACAUAAUUAAAAGGUUUCUCUGACUAAUAAAGUCAUUUAGUCAACGCCUCGGCCAUGGAUGUUAACACUGCUCUCAGACUGCUUGCUGCAAUGGUUGUUCUCACCUCACAGCCAUAUAAUACUGAAGGUAGAAAUAUUUGCAGCAAAGAUCUGCGCAAGCUUCAGAAGCGUUCAGGUGAGGAUGUUGUUCUUCUAGAAGGUUAUGAAGUUUCACCGAAGGAUGAGGAGCGGGGCAGUGGCUGUGUGGAAUAUGAGGCAACCAGUCCUGUUCCCACCCCUGCUGCACAAACAACCACAAGGAAUAAUGUGCCAUACACAGUAAAUCCAGUCCCAACCCCCAAAAAACCAACCAAAAAACAGUUGUGCUGGGUGUACUAUGGUAAGCCUGUGAAGCUGUAUCUACCCAUGAGGAAUCUGCCCACACUUCCCAAUCCUCAAGGGAAUAAGCAGAUCUCUGGACUGUAUACAGGGGGAAUGAAGGGUUCUGUUAAUACUCAACCUAGGGUAGUGUGUGGGAAACUGCAAUGGUCUAUGAGAAGCUUCCCUAAGGUACUUCAGGAUUACACUAAAGGCGGAAAACAAGAUAUUAAAGGAUCAGGAUCAGUUAAGCCAAUUGUGGUCAGGCCUGCAACGGCAAUUCAGGUGUCUAGCAGUGGAAGCUCCUCUUUUUACAACUUACUCAGAUCUUAUCAGAGACUGUUAGCUGUUCAGAGGCCCAGGGGAAGUUCAGUUUCCUCUCGCUGUGUUUAGGGUGCAGAGCAGAGAACUAGAUUGAUGUUAUCGAUAUACUACUUUAAAUUUUCAUGUCUAUGGGCAACAGCAUGCUUCAACAUGGGCUUCAUUCAAUUUAUCUGAUAAAUCCUGUGCGAUUGGCAUUGAUUUGAUGGUGAUUUUUACAGUGAGUGUAUGCAAAUUAUCAAUGUUUUGUUUAAUCUUUUCUUCAUUUUGGUGUAUAGUUGUAUUGUACCAACUUGCAGCAUGUCUCUAAUAAAAGAGUUUAAGUAAAAUUGUGAAAAAAUUACUGGUUCUGUCAGGACCACUAUUGCCAUGAUUGAUAAUGCAUAGAGUUUGUAUUGGCGGUAUGGUUCUGUUCUGCAAGAACUCCCUGAGCAUCCAUGCAGCUUAGCAUGGAUAAGAGCAGGGAGAGCAGCAAUAAACCCCCUAGGGUAAA